UAACAAAUUUGCAGUCUAAAUUCUCAUUGGCAUUAGUAUUCAUUUAAUAAUUUUCAGUCUGAAUUUGUGUGUAGACUGCAAAUUUGUAUUUUUAGACUGCAUAGUUUACAAAAUUGUCUUUAUUUGCAGUCUAAAUUUUCUCUUGCAUUGGUGUUCAUCUAACAAAUUUGCAGUCUAAAAGUGCAAAUUUGCAAUCUAAAUGUUCAAAUUUGCAGUCUAAAUUCUCAUUGGCGUUAAUGUUCAGUUAAUAAUUUGCUGUCUAAAUUCUCCUCGGCGUUGAUGUUCAUUCAAUAAUUCGCAGUCUAAACCCUAAAUGCCUAAAUUUGCAAUCUAAAUUCUCCUUGCCGUUAGUGUUCAUUUAACAAUUCGCAAUAUAAAAUUUAAAGAAGUGCCUAAGUUUGCAGUUUAAAUGUACAAAGUGCAUAACCCCGGCGUGCCUAAAUUUGCAGUCCAAAUGUACAAAGUGCUUAAAUUGUUACCAUUUACAAUCAAUCAAUUUCAGAAUAACGUAUAUUGAAUAAAACGGAAAAAUAACCACCUAACUUGUUACCAUUUACUUGAACAUACAUCAAACAAUUCAUAACAUUUACAUUUUCACUUUUAAACACUUAACUAACAGUUUAUAUGCAUUCAGGACCUAUAAAUGAUUUUUCAGCAUAAAUAGGACUAAAUAUAAAUGAAAAUAGGACUAAAUAGUAAAUAAUUUUUAAAGAAUAGGUCACCAUCUACAUCACAAUUUAAAAAUACAUCCAAACCCCAUUAAAACGUAGAUUAAGUUACGGUUGCGGAAAAACUACCUCAAUACUCUAAUUAAGGCUCGGGGAAGAGUAUAUUGGGGCCGCAGAUCACUGUUGUGCUUCUGGAAUCUCAAGGCGGUGUCCGGCGGGACUCCGCGGUGGCGGAUUGGAGCCACGUGGAGCUCAGUUGUGAUGAUUGUGAGCACAACAGUGGUGACCCGGUGGUGCUCGGCGGUGCUGAUGAGGUCCGUAGGUGGUGGUGGUGGUUUUGGUUGUGAGGAGGUGGCGGGCUCGGUGAUCGGUGGUGCAAGGUGGUGGUGAGCGGUGAUGAGGAGGUGGUGGUUCGGCAACUCGAUUCAAAACCGGAGGUGUUCUCAGUUCUAUCUUCCUCCAACGGCGGGAGUGUUUUUCAGGAGAAACAUGUCCAUGGCUGUGGACGGAGUGGCGGAUAAGAUUGAGUACAUGAGCGACAUGGCUGAAGUGCUCACUGACAAGACAGUCGAGGCCGUGGCGGCGACCGCCUCAGUGAUUAGCGAGGUGGCGGUGGCCACUGCGGAUUCGGUUUUCCCCGUGGCGGCGUUGCAGUACUUCAUCGAUAGUGUUCAUUCUGUCACUGCAUUCAAUUGGUAUGGAGCUAUUUAUCUGUACUUGUGGCGUGAUAAAGAAGGGCAAUUUUGUCCAGUCAAAAAGUGAAGUUGGACCCGAGGCUUUAACAAAAAGAAUAGGCUGGACUAGGAGUGUUUUGGAAAUAUGAGGUGGACUGAGCAUGUUAUAAAACUCUAUAAUGGACCUUACAACAAUUCUUUA